ACAUCUUCAAGCUUUUUUACAAAGACAUUAUUGCUACUUUCCCCAACUAACUGUCUGAAAACAUCCUUAAAUGUCGCUCAAAUGGUUACUCUCUGAGGGGAUGUGACCUUUUAACAUUACCCAGGUUCCAGUUUUGCUUCUACUGCUCACCUUAUACAGUCAUACCAAUUUUGUUUUUACUAAGAAGUGAUAAUAUACAUCAUUUUCUAUUCUCAAAUUCAAGUCUUGUUUACAUAGCUUGUAAUUUUCCUUUUUUUUGUUCAUGCGACUGCACAAGCUUACAAGUAGCUUGAAAUAUGAUUGUAUAGAAGUGAAGGUCAUCAUCAUCAUCAUCAUCAUCAUCAUCACUUCAUAUUGAGAAUACACUGUAUUUAUAUGGUUGAGCCCCCUUUCAAGUUUUGACUGCCAUUUUGGACUUUUAAAAUGUUAUUAAUGCAUUGUAUUUCCUUGUUUACAGUCAUGAUCACAGACGUCCAGCUAGCAGCGUUUGCGAACAUCCUAGGUGUCUCCCUAUUUCUUCUUGUUGUCCUUUAUCACUUUGUUGCAGUCAACAAUCCCAAGAGGAAGGAAGAAUGAGCAACUUGCUUGAAAGUAACGUAAGUUAG